AUGGAUAAAAACCAAAACUGUCAGCGGUGGGAAAGGCAAGGAUACUGCAAAGGCCGAUACCAACAGUAUAUGAAAAAUAACUGCAAGAAGUCCUGUAAACACUGCGGCGGCGGUGGUAAUGGAGGCGGCGGCGGUAAUGGAGGUGGCGGCGGUGGAGGCGGAGGUGGAGGCGGAGGCGGUGGUGGAAGUGGGGGAGGAGGAUUCGAAAAAUGUGGAUUUAAACCAAGAGCACGCAUUGUCGGUGGCAAUGAAGCCCCAAAGGGAGCUUGGCCAUGGCAAGCUCAGGUCAGGACACCUUCUGGUUUCACCUUUUGUGGAGGAACUUUGGUUCAUCCACAGUGGGUUGUAACAGCGGCUCACUGUACCGCCAAAAAAUCCGCCUCCAGCAUUCGUGUAAGAAUUGGUGCUCACUACCGCAAACCGAACGUGGACACUGAAGACGUGCAGGAUUUUGAGGUAGAAAGAAUCGUCAACCAUCCAAAGUACCAAACGCCACGCGGACUGGCUCAUGAUAUUUCUUUGUUAAAACUGCGACGACCCGCUAAACCGAGCAAUAAAGUUGGACUGGCUUGCUUGCCUGGUUCGAGUGCAAAUUUACAAGAUUUAGAUGGCAAGAGUUGUUGGGUAACAGGAUUUGGCACACUCUCCUCGGGUGGUAGUUUGGCCGAUGUGCUGAUGCAGGUAAAUGUCCCGAUUGUUACUCAAAGUGGAUGUAAAAGAGCUUAUGGAUCGUCGAUCCACGACUCCAUGGUCUGUGCUGGACUCGAGCGAGGAGGCAAGGAUUCGUGCCAGGGAGAUUCUGGUGGGCCACUGGUUUGUGAAGCUGGAGGAAAGUUUUACCUGGAAGGUGUAGUUUCGUGGGGAAGUGGUUGUGCCUCCCCAGGGAAGUAUGGUGUCUACGCCAGGGUCCGUUACUUACGGGC